UGGUGGGCACUCCAGCUGAACACUACACGCCUGACUUCUCUGACUAACAGGACCUGAAGACCAUCUGUGGUGAAGAGGAACAGCCAAGAGAUAAAGUACUCGUGCAGUCGUCUGAACCUCUGAGUGGUGAGCAGUUUUUACAGCGUUCAUAAAGAUGGCCGAACUUUACAAAAUCUCAGUGAAACUCACUGACGACUACUGUACCAUCGAAGAAGUAGCACAUGGCAGUGGAGAAGAAGGCCACACAGCUCCAGUGCCUCCUGUUAGAGCAGAAAGGAGAGUCAACCGUGAGAUGAUGAUGAAGAUCUUCGGUGUUCUCCUAGUGGCCGGCCUCAUAUCCCUUUCAGUUUACCAUUUCAUAAAAUUAAAUCACAAGGAGCAAGAGCUGGAGGAGUUAAGAAAUGCAAAUUACAUCCUGACCAGUAACAACACUGAACUACAAGAAAGCCAAGAUAUCCUGAAGUCUCAGUAUGAAACUCUGAAUGAGAAACUUGAUGAACUGACCAAGGAGUUCAGUGAUCUGAAGGAAUUCUACUGCAAUGCUACAAACACGUCUCACGAUAACACUUGCCCUGUUUGUAAAGUGGGUUGGGUCCCCUUCAGUUCCAAAUGUUACUUAAUUUCUACUAAUAAUCUGACCUGGAAUGAGAGCCGUGAUUGGUGCAAGACAAGCGGUGGACGACUAGUGAAAAUAGAAAGUUCUGACGUGCUGGACUUUAUUAAAAUGAAAGCUCUUAUCAUUGAAGAUACAGGGAGAUAUUAUUGGAUUGGCGGAUAUGACAUCAGUAAAGAAAACAAAUCUACCAGGAUGGACGCCGGACCUGUGAAAUCCAAGAGAGCCAGCGAUGACUACAAACAAAAGUGUUUGCUGAUAAACAUGCAGAAGAACGCGGUGUUUAACUACAGCUGUGAAGAUCGUUUUCACUGGAUCUGUGAGUCUGCUGCGUUUCCUCUUCGUAUUUAAACUGCUAUCAAGAGUUCCAGUCACCUGCCAGAGCCGCUGUCUUCAGGAAUCGUAAGGAUCACUUCAUCAGUAAAUCAUAGAGCUGCUAGUCUGAGCCGAGUCCAGACGGUCACCUCACUUUGUCAUGUAGGUGACAGAGGUAGUGAGUGACAACAUACUCUACAUACAGGACUGGGAGGACAUGAAAGCUGACAUCUUAUUGUAAUCUCAGUGUUGGUCUGUGACUUCUUCUCAGUUCUGACUAAAUAGACCCCCGGACCCUGAACUGCACAUGCUGGUUAGAGAUAACUGAUGAAAUGAUAAAGCUUCAUUUACAUAUGAGAGGAAAUGCACAGUUCUGAUUUCUAUAAAACAAUUUUAUAUUUGUGUAACAAGCAACACAUUCAAGUCCUUUCAGUAUUUAGUAAAAUGAAGAUACGUCACCAACCUGUGUCUGUCUUGAGUGAUGUGAUAAAGUAUUUACCCCCUUCCUGGUAUUUUCUGUUUUUACAUAUUUUACACAAUGCAUGGCCUCUGACCUUUAGAGAAAUGAAAUAUUAGAAAAAGGAGACCUGAGGAAAGACACAAUGCAGUUUUUAAAUCACUGCUUUCUUUAUUCAGUGAACAAAGUUAUUAAUCCAACACCUCAGUGACCGAUGUGAAGGUGUCAUUGCAGAUCAGAGUCUCAGUGCUUGGCUGGUGCAACUUUAUCAGCAGUAAUGAGAACUAAACACUCUCCCCCUAGUAAUUUGAGAUCAGACUUUCAUGAGCAUAAACUGUUCAUGUCAGCACUUCUGUUAGUACAAGUUAGCAAUUUGACGAGGCUCUGAAACUCUUUGGAUGUUUCUUCUGGAAUCCUCUGAGACUUCUUGACUCAGGCAUUGCUGCCCCCUAUUGGCAGGUCAGCUUUUCCUAUGAAGAUGUUGCUCUUUUCUGAAUGUUUUUGAGAUGAUGGCUGUCACUGUGGUGCCGUGGAGUCACAGAUCUUAGCAAUGGCUGACGAUUUCCUGAUUUCACUUGCGUUUUUCUUCAUUUCAUCUGAGAUCUCAAGACUCGGUGAUCUUCUAGAAACCUUAGGGUGACAACUUCACUGUCACAGCAAGUGACAACAUAUGGUGAGGUUUAGAUUCAGUAAGGCUGGCUGCGUCAUGUUAUCAAUGAUCUUUGCUCAGCUGUUUGUGUGACUCACUAAAGAGACAAUUCUCUAACACAUGGCGAUACAGCUGUGGGGUUACUUUAUUACUUCAAUAUCUUAGGCAGGCAGCAACUUAUAAAUGGUGUGAUACGUUUACUCUGAUUCCUGUCAUCGAAUAUUACAUUUAGUCUAAAGAUCUGAAGCUAUUCGUUAUGACAAACAUACAGAAAUGGAGAACAUCUGGAAGGGAGCAGAAACUGAACAUCACUGAGCGUUUAUCACAAUCAGAGCUGCCAUCGUGACGAGCAUUUACUACCACAUGACAUGACGUCUAUUCUGUGUUAUUAAUGUCUGAGUCUUAACACAAGUUUUAUCACUUAUGGACUCUCUUAAGCCAACUGCUGAUGGUUUGACUUUUUAAGAGUGACGUUUCUCAUUCCACUCUGUCUCUUGAGUUGAUAUUUUUAAUUUUAUUCAUAUUGAUGAUUUCUUUUUUUUUCCUUACCACACGUGCUGAACUCUGUAAUUUUAAUUCUUUAUAUUUUGAUCUUCAGUAGUUUUUAUUUUAUCAUCCAGUAUAUAUUUACACUUUUGCAGAUUUGUUCUAGGGGCCCGUCUCACAAAUGAUUUUGCAUUGUCGUGUUUUGUUGUGUUGAUUUCCAUUUUAUUCUUAACUUGAGAUGCUGUGCUCUGUGAUACUUUGUGCAGAAUAAAUCUGAAUUGCUUAAUAAAGUCUGUUUGACUUCCUUGA